AUGGCAUCCAACGACAACAUUGCCAUGACGAAGAAUGGGGCCAACGUCGGAAUCAUCAUAGGCUCUCAGCGCAUUCCCAGAGUCGGUCCUCAGAUCGCAACAUGGGUGCUCAAUGUGCUGCAAGAAUAUCAGGACAGCCAUUCCUCCACCAAUCAACGGGCCUAUGCACUGUCUCUGAUCGACCUCAACGACCACCAACUGCCACUCUUCGACGAACCGGGCAUCCCCGCACAGAUCUCAGCGCCCGAUGGGUACGCACACGAGCACACCAAAGCAUGGUCCAGACGAAUCAAUUCGUUCGACGGCUUUGUGUUCGUCACGCCGCAGUACAACUGGGGCUAUCCCGCCAGUCUCAAGAAUGCCAUCGACUACCUGUUCCAUGAGUGGAAGGGAAAGCCGGCGCUGGUAGUCAGCUACGGGGGACAUGGUGGCGGCAAGGCUGCCGCGCAGUUGCAAGGUGUUCUGGGUGGUAUUGGGAUGAAAGUGGUGGAGAAAGCGCCGCCUUUGACGUUCAUAGAUCGCGAGCAGGUCGGCAAGGCGUUCAGAGGAGAGGAUUUGGGGUUGGAGGGAGAGGCAGGCAGAAGCUUAUGGGUCAAAGAACGGGAGGAUGUCGGCGUGGCCUGGGAACAGUUCCUGGGUUUGUUGAAUAAGUGA